AAUAACAGGAUGUUUCGAGGAAUGUGACUAGAAUGUAAACAGUGUCCAGGUGCUAGCGAAUUGUUGCUAACAUCAUUCGUAGCUACGUCUUGUACUGUCGCCGCUCAGUCGCACACAAUUAUGGCUUCACAAUAGAUUUACUGAGCGAAGAUGGCACUAAUAUUCUGAUUCCUUAUUCGCCGUCUCCCUUCUUGUCGUUUGAUUGCAUACAUGAUUCAUAUCCUGACACUAUGACCAAAGAUAUUGUUGUUGGGGAUGAAUUACCAGACUGGGUGGGGGCCAAGGAGUUUUAUCAGAAAUAUGACCCCAAAGAGGUGAUUGGGAGGGGUGUGAGCAGUGUGGUGCGCAGGUGUGUGCACAGACACACGGGUCAGGAGCUGGCAGUGAAGAUUAUUGAGAUCACAGCGGAGAAGAUGACAGCCCAGCAGUUGGAGGAGGUGAAAACCUCCACGCUGAAGGAAAUCCAAGUCCUCAACAUGGUGAAGGGACACUCCUCCAUAAUUACUCUCAUUGAUUCCUAUGAGUCCACCACCUUCAUAUUUUUGGUGUUUGACCUCAUGCGGCGAGGAGAGCUGUUUGACUACCUCACAGAGAAAGUUACUCUGAGUGAGAAGGAGACCAGGAGCAUGAUGCGAGCUCUGCUGGAAGCGGUGCAGUACCUCCACUCCCUCAACAUCGUCCAUCGGGAUUUGAAACCUGAGAACAUUCUCCUGGAUGAUCAGGGACAAAUCAAACUGUCCGACUUUGGUUUCUCAGUGCAGCUACAGCCUGGAGAAAAACUUAGAGAGCUUUGUGGGACGCCUGGUUAUUUGGCCCCUGAAAUACUGAAAUGUUCCAUGGAUGAAAUGCACCCAGGCUACGGCCAGGAGGUCGAUCUGUGGGCAUGUGGAGUGAUCCUUUUCACAUUACUGGCCGGUUCACCACCGUUCUGGCACCGCAAACAGAUGCUGAUGCUGAGGAUGAUCAUGGAAGGUCGCUAUCAGUUUAGCUCCCCAGAGUGGGACGACAGGUCUGACACUGUAAAAGAUCUGAUAUCCAGACUGCUGGUGGUGGACCCAGCUGCCCGUCUCACUGCUGAGCAAGCUUUAGCACAUCCGUUCUUCAGACAGUACCAGAAGGAGGAUGUGCGGCUCUUCAGCCCCAGAAAAACAUUUAGGGUGUUGAUAGUCACCGUACUUGCUUGUAUCAGGAUGUACAGCCGUUACCGCAAAGCUCGCCCGUUGACUCGGGAGGUCCUGGCCAGAGAUCCUUACUCCCUUCGCGGCGUCCGCAAACUCAUAGAUGGCUGCGCCUUCCGUAUCUACGGCCACUGGGUGAAGAAAGGAGAGCAGCAGAACCGAGCUGCCCUCUUUCAGAACACAGCUAAGAUCAUGCUGCUGGGCCUGGAGGACUUCGAAACAUAAAAGGUCAACCUCAAUCCUAAACACCUUGAUUUUUAUUUAACCAUUUGCAUGUGCUGUAAUGUCCGUUAUUGUCUUAUCGAGUUACUGUGUUUAAUUUUAAGAUGAGGAAUUCAGGGACCGGGACAUUUGUAUGCCUUAAUGCGCACCAUGGCUCAAGAUAAGCAUGCACAAUUUAAUACUCCUUAUCUGCCUUUUGAUCUGAGUUUGUGACUGUCUGAAACUCUUCUUCAGGUCGUCAUGUUUGCAGUGCUGUUUUGCUGUAGAGGACACAUUGCACAAUCAUUUGUUUAUCAUCACAUAUACUGUAGGUACAUUAUGUAUAUUUAAGAUUUUACCUGUUGAUCAUCAUUUGCAGUUGAGGAGAGGAUGUGUUUCUAAGCACUGCGUGGCUGAAGUGGACAUGAAAGCACUGUGAUUAAUUAUUUAACAGAUAAUUAUAUAAACGUAUUGUACUGAAACACAGAUUUACAGAUAUUCCAGUGUUACAAAUAACCACCGGAGAACUUUUACAACAUUCAAGUACAGUAGCUGAAGUGUUUGUGAUAGAAAAUCAUUUACCUAUCAUGCAUGCAGACGUUCCUCAAUAGGGAACCCACUUACCACUAACUGUGAAGACCAUUUGUGGCUGUAUUUCCUACUAAAACUAACCAAGAUCAUUCCAUACUCAGUUCAUCCCUUGUUUAAAGAGUGGCACGUUUCCUGAAAGUGCCUGUCUGAGAAAUGUACAGUGAUUGUACAAAUGCAGAAAUACAUUGUACUGUAUAUGAAGAAAAAUAAAGUUUUAU